AAACAGUGGGCUGGCAGUCGCAAGAUGAGAUCGGCGGCGCUUGCACUGUUCUAUGUGAGCUUGUGGGUGAGCUCGGGUUCUCUGGUGCUGGGCAAGCGCUAUAUGCGCUGUGAGCUGGCACGGAAGCUGCUGGAACAGCACGGCUUUGAGCGCAGCCUGCUUUCCAGUUGGAUAUGCCUGCUGGAGCAUGAGAGCGAUCUGGACACCGCCAAGGUGACAACCAAUCCAAACGGAUCCCGCAGCUAUGGCUUGUUUCAGAUCAACGGUCGCUACUGCCAGGAGGCGAGACGCGGCGGCGUUUGCAAUGUCAAGUGUGAAGAGCUGCUCGACGAGAAUCUGCGCGAGGGAGCCGCCUGCGCGAAGCGCAUUCAAGCUUCCGAGGGCUUUCGCCAUUGGAACGGCUGGCAGCGCUAUUGUCGCAACCUUCAGAACCUGCCCAAUCUAAAGGUCAUAUGCGGCAUAUAACUUAUUUAACUGCUCUAAGAAUCUCCUAAAUACAUAUACAUACAUACAUAUCUGAAGAUACAGUGCCGAACAAAAAAGUCAGUACAGUGGAUAUGUAUAUCUAUUUUUAAAUUAUUAUAUAAAAAUGUGAUCCAUAAAUAGUGUAUUUCAAUAUGGAAUGACAAUAAGACCCUUUUUGUAAAACAUUGUA